UCCAACUCUCCAACGGCGCAGCUCACACUCCCUCUCUCGUCCCUCCCUUCACCCUCGAGCUGGCCGUUCCUUCAACACCGGCGAGCUCAAUCCUCCCUUUCGUUCAGCCGCCGGACCGCUCCUGACGCCGUCGCCGGUUGGAGCUUCGAAGCUCACUCAGUCCCUCACUCAGCUAACGUCUCAGACUCUCAGCAGUGGAAGCACAGUCGCCGGGCUCGCCUCCUGCCUCCGUCGCGUAGCUCUGUUCCUCCGUCGCAAGCUCUGCUCCUCCGUCGCCAGCUCUGUUCCUGCCUCCGUCGCCAGUUCUGUUCAUGCCUCCGUGGCCAGCUCUGUUCUUCUAGUGGCAACUCCAUUAUACAUGACAAACACACGGCCCGGUCCAACUCGAACCUGGACCCGAGUAACCCGAAAUUGACUAGGAAGAAAGAAAUAAAAUCUGAAAGAGAGUAAAACUGGGACCGGGCCAUAUCUCGGUCACCGGACCGGCCCCGGCCCUGGCCCAGUCAUCAUACCCAUUACACAAUUAGGGCUAGGGGUGUACAGGCAACAACGCUGACCCCUGAGGGCCCUGACCUCGUCUUCUCUCCCACUCCCAGCUCCUCGUUCUACUGACGACGGUAGCGACCGACGACUGACGACCUACGGUGCUGCCCUGCUUCUCGGUGACGACUGACGCUCCUCAAGUUUUGGAGGAAGCUCUUAACUGGAAUCACUAAGCUGAAGAAGUCAAGAAAGAAGACGAAGAAGAUGGGUAAUCAGAAGCAAAAGUGGACGCAAGAUGAAGAAGACGCACUCAUCGCUGGCGUGGAAAAACACGGUCCAGGAAAGUGGAAGAACAUUCUCAAAGACCCUCAAUUCGCACCAUUUCUCACUUCACGUUCCAAUAUCGACCUCAAGGAUAAAUGGCGGAAUUUGAGUGUUAGCAAUGGCACUCAAGGGUCCAAGGAAAAAUCUAGGGUUCCUAGAAUCAAGGCUGCUGCCCCAGUUGCUGCUGCUGCUGCUAGUAAUGCUAUUGUUGUUGCCGGGGAAGAUGCUACUAUUGUCACCACUAUGAUUCAUCAACCUGAUCCUUCUGUUGCUGUGGGUGAUUCUUCUCAAAAUGACGAAGAUGCCAAGAAUCGUCCGAGGUACAAUGCAAUACAAGGGAAACUUGAAAAGGUACAAAACUGUUACAAGAUUAAAAAGGACUAUUCACCUGUGCCAAAAUCACCAGUUGCUGUGAAAAAGAAUGUGUGGCCACAACGGCAACAACCACCACCACCCCCCGAGUUUGUGGCAUCUAAUGAGACAAUAAAGGAAGCUGCUGAAACUGUAGCCUACAGAAUUGCCGAGGCCGAAAGCAAGUCAUAUUUAGCCGCCGAAGCAGUCAAGGAGGCAGAACGAAUUGCACGCUUAGCUGAAGAUGCUGAGGCGAUGUUACAGCUAGUACAACAGAUUUAUGAUGCUUGUUCGCGUGGUGAAGCUGUCAUCUUGGCAUCUUAAGUUGGGUCUAUCAAUGGACUCCUGGAUUUUGCUCUCUGUAAAAAUAGUUGUUCAUAUAUCGAAUUUCAUUUCUUGAAGCUGCACUUAGGUGAUGUUUAUAUUUAGUAACACAGUUCACCGAUUUUGCAUCCGAACUCGAAGCAAUAUACAAACUAAUAUGAAGUUAGUUUCAUAUGUUAACCACUGUUCAUGUA